UAUUGGUAUUUGCCAUUCAUUUCACCUUCUGCAUCUAUGCAUCUCAUGAACUCAGAGCUCUUCACGCUGACGUACGGCGCUCUGGUCACCCAGCUGUGCAAGGACUACGAGAACGAUGAGGAUGUCAACAAGCAGCUUGAUAAAAUGGGUUACAACAUCGGGGUUCGGCUCAUAGAAGACUUUCUGGCCCGGUCCAGUGUUGGGAGAUGUCAUGAUUUCCGUGAAACUGCAGAUGUUAUUGCAAAGAUAGCAUUUAAAAUGUACCUGGGCAUCACUCCGAGCAUCACCAACUGGAGUCCUGGGGGGGAUGAGUUCUCCCUGAUCUUGGAAAACAACCCCUUGGUGGACUUUGUUGAGCUUCCUGACAACCACUCAUCUCUCAUCUAUUCCAACCUGUUGUGCGGAGUGCUGCGAGGUGCCCUGGAAAUGGUUCAGAUGGCCGUGGAUGUAAAAUUUGUCCAGGACACACUGAAGGGUGACAGCGUCACAGAAAUAAGAAUGAAGUUCAUCAGGAGGAUUGAAGACAACCUUCCAGCUGGUGAAGAGUGA